AUGGGGGACGCCUUGCCCAUCAUCGGGGGUCGAUUCGGUCCUUCUCUGUCGCCAAUGCGAUCGAUGGCUUUUACCUCAAAUAACAAGACGAUACAGAGCCUCAACAUUGACAAAAUCUCGCGCGUCAUCUAUCAAGGAUUUACCAGUAAGGCUCCCAUGGAUAGUAUGAAUCCAGACGUGAGUUCCGUCUUUGUGCCGGCCCAUUCGGCAGCCAGGGCUAUCACCGAGUCUAUUGAAGCCGAGUUGCCUUUGGUUGUGUCAGUCUCAGAACAUAUCCCUGUCCAUGACAUGCUGCGAGACCAGGAAAUUCUGAGGUCUCAAUGCAAGACACGCCUUGUCAGCCCCACUUGCCCCGGAAAAGUUGCCCCAUGGCAGUGCCAAGUCGGUAUUAUGCCGUACAAGCAAUACUCCCCGGGGUGCGUGGGUAUCGUAUCAAAGUCGGGGACUCUGAGCUAUGAAGCUGUCGGCGCUACAACAAAGACAGUGGACCCCGAGCUCGAAGCCUAUCAUCGCGAUGGUUGCUGGGAGGACUGCACUAAUGGAAGGACUAUGGGCCAUGCUGGUGCCAUCCUAUCACCACAGGACGUUCCCGCCGAAGUCAAGGCCAAGGCUCUAAAAGAUGCUGGCUCAAUUAUGGUCAACCAUCCCGGGAGGGAGGGCAUAUUCAUAAGAGAAGAACCAAAGUGA